AUGGAAAAAGCUGCCCAAAUUCCCAACAUCCACUUGGACCAAGCAGCCGUGAUCUUCCUCGCCCUUACCGAGAUCAAAUCCGUUUCCGAUCGGGCCCAAGAGCGUCGCGUCCACUGGCGAACCUACCGUGAGCAACCCCGCCUAAGUAAGCGCGAGCGCGAGGCCAUUAAUGAAGAGAAGAUUAAGAGCAAUCUGCUGAACUGGGCGCUGGAGAGUUUGGGGGUGCCGAGCCAGUCGAGGGAGGAGACAUAUGUCCAGGUGAUGGAGAUGGGUCCUGGAUUCGCUGGAGAAAGUGGCGCUCAAUUUUUCAAAUCCGAAGGGAAGGAAGGAGAGGACUACGAAUGGGAAUUCGAGGAGGAGUACAGCGAGGACGAGGAGGACUAUGAAGGAGCGAGGACAAUGAAGACUAUGACCCUGAGGAGCGAAAGUAACAAACCCUGA